UUCGGCGUCGUCGUUUCUGAUACACACUAUUUGGUCGCUAUCAUGAAAAUGUCAAUUCCUUGUCACAAAUAUCGCAAAAUAGAUAAAGAAAAUGUCAGAUAGUAACUCGCCCUGUUACUGGCUGAGAAAAUGGGCAUUUUCGACACGAAGCUGCGUUUCUUGACAAGAAACCGACCGCUAACAAGUACACAUAUCGAAUUUUUUUAUACAACCGUUUGAAAUUAGUUUAGAACUCCCUCAACAUAAUGGGAAGCACUUCAUCCAAAUUCAAAAAAUAUCUCCAACACGGCGAUGAGUUUGCAGCGAUGCAAAUUUACCAAAGUUCCCCGGAACUCCGCAAAAACCUGGACCCUAAUUUAAGUUACGGCGAAAACCACAACCACAACACUGCUCUACAUUACGCUGCCAAACACGGUAUGAAGCAUCUACUGAGGACGUUUCUAAACGAUUUGGGAGGCAAUCCGAACAAGAAAAACGGCUUAAACGAAUCGGUUCUACACAGCGCUUGCCAGCUCAACCAAACCAAAAGUUUCAGCGCACAAGAGAGAAGAGCUGCAUGUGUCCAACUGCUCCUCUAUUGGAAAGGAGGGCCGCUAGCCAACGGAGGCCGAGAAAGGGUUGAUUUAAGCUCGCAAGAUAAGGAGGGCAAUACGGCCCUGCACUGGGCCGCCUCCACCGGCCUCAAGCGCUGUGUCGAACUCUUACUAGCACAUGGAGCUCCCCUUUUUAUCGAAAACAACGAUAAAUUAACUCCGUGCGAUUUAGCAAUGAGGGGGUCCCAUCACGACAUUGCUAGACUGCUAGAAAGCCGGAUGGUUUUUGCUGAUAAUGCUGAUUUGGUGAACGAAGACGAGAUAAUUACAGAACAAGAGGAAGUUUACAGUGGACUUAGAAGUCAAGAUCUACAAGAAGCUAAAGACCAGUUGCUUGUUGAUACGUCCGAUAUGCUUAAAAUCCCAUUAUUUACAGCCGAGGCUCUUUUGCGAAAUAAUGAAUGGUCCCGUGAGCUUCUUCUUGAAAAGUGGAUGAAAGAUCCGGUUGAAUGUUGCCAAAUCGCUGGUGUUCAAGCUCCUUCUUCCGUUCUCAAACAUGCAGGUUCCUUAGAAUCCAGUAUUUCAGCAGAAACUAACGACGAGAAUGAAAUAAUGUGUGAGAUUUGUUUGUCGACAAUAUCAAACUGGGAGCAACCAGUUAAAAUGUCCUGUAAGCACUCCUUUUGUAAAACUUGCUGGGAAAGCUACCUCACAACCAAAAUUCAGGAUGGCGAUGCCCAUCACAUCCUCUGUCCAGCUUAUCAGUGUCACAUCUUAGUUCCCGUUGAACUUAUCGAGAAGUUAGUAAGUCCCGACAUGGCGCGGAGAUAUCUCCAGUUCGACAUAAAGGCCUUUGUCGAGAGCAAUAAAAGCAUCAAAUGGUGUCCCAUCGCCGGUUGCGGCCGAGCGGUCCGGUUACCGGAAGCGGAACAAACCGGAAACCGGGUUAACAAUAAAUCAGCUCCGAUAACCUCGCACGCGGUGGACUGCGGAAACGCGCAUUUUUUCUGUUGGGAGUGCUUGGGCGAAGCACAUGCACCUUGCGGAUGUAAACAAUGGCAAGAGUGGCAGAUCAAAAUCGCCGAAAUUAAACCGGAAGAGCUUAAAGCUUCGUGCAGCGGAAGCGAAGAUGCCGCCAACUGCCUCUGGCUUGUCACCAACUCGAAACCCUGUCCAAACUGCAAAAGUCCAAUCCAAAAAAACGAAGGCUGUAACCACAUGAAGUGUUCCAAAUGCAAAUUCGACUUUUGUUGGGUGUGUCAAGAAUCGUGGAAGAGACACAGUUCCGCGACCGGGGGCUAUUUCCGCUGUAACCGCUUCGAGGCCGUUCAUAAGGCCGACGAAAAGCAAGGAAAUUUAAUUUCCGAAGCGCUAGACAGAAAUAAUCAAAUGCAAGAAAUGUCUCGUUUUUUACAUUUUUAUACGCGCUUUAGAAACCACGAAAACAGCCAGAAGCUCGAAGAACCGCUCCUAACCAGCGUUCGGCAAAAAAGGGAAGUGCUCGCCAGCAGUCUCGGAUUAAAAAGCACCGAAGAUUUCGGGGAGAAAGGAACUAAAUUCAUCGAAGACGGUGUGCGGGAAUUAUUAAAAGCCCGGAGAGUUUUAUGCGGUUCUUACGUUUACGGUUAUUACCUGGAAGACGACGGCUAUAACAAAACCAUCUUUGAAUUUAUGCAGAACGAGUUGGAGGAAGUGACCGAAAAGUUGAGCGAAAUGAUAGCGCGCCCCUACUUGCGCACACCGAAAGCCGUGAUUGUGCAAACCACAGCCCUGGCGAGGCGAAAAAGGCACGAAUUCGUGAGGGCAGUGGCGCAAGGGCUGAUCCCGCCGGAAACGCCGCCCUCUCAAAGAAAACGCAAGCGAAAAUAUCUCGACACUGAUUUAACGCAAACAAGCGCCUGGUUGCGUGACUGUGAAUGGCCUGAAUACGAUUCAGACGAGGAUAAUGAAGUAAGUUUCAAACAAUUUUCUGGAGGCUCUCCAAACUCCAAAGAGCAUCAAUGCGGCUUUUUGUGCAGCAGACACGGAUGUGGCCGGUCUGAUUACAACAUGGAGCUGAUAAUAGCUCUCGAGAUGUCUAGACUUCAGAUGAUUGAAGAUAGGAUGAAACAAGCACAAGCCAAUGCAAUCACGCCCGAUCCCAGCUCGAGUAUUUCGAAUAAUAGCAACGAAAGUGCCGAUGAUCAGCUCAAAUUGGCUAUUCAGCUCAGUUUGCAGGAGUCGGGGGCGGCGGAAGAGACGGUUCAGAGCCAACCGUAUCAAAAGAGCAGUGCGGACUGGACGGUUGAUUACUUCCUCAAGUCUUUAGCGAACCACAAAAUUGAUCUGAAGAGUCUCGAUGUUAACAAACUUGGCACGGAGACUGACAGGGAGUUGUUCUUUCGGCCUUGUAACGGGAAUGAAGAUGGAAGGUUCCAAAUUUCUGAUAUUCACGAAAAAGGUUUUGCGUUUGAAGAUGUUGAUGAUUAUGAUGAUGCGGACGUUGGUCUGAAACGCUCACACUCGACUGGAGAUCUCUGUGUCCGAAGAAGUGGGAGAGGAACAAGGGUUCGGAUGAAUGGAGAUGAACCUCGUUACCACUUGGAUUCAGACCAUAGCAGUCAGCAUGAUGAUAAACCGGAAGAUCUGGCCCGGAAAAUUCUAGCUUUGCCUUCCACCUCCGUGCGUACUAAACAAUUUCUUUUGCUUCAUCAUACUUACCCAGAGGAAGAGUCGUAUCAAGGGCAAAGCUCGAUCGAAGAUACUACGACUUCGGAUUCGAUAAACGCCGACAUGGAAGUUUGUGGUAUUUUGAGUUCGGUGACCGAUGAAGACAUUGGUAAAAGUUACAACGAGGAAGAAGAAAUAAAGAAGACUGAAAUGACAAAAAUAGUCGAAUGUAAGAAACAAACCCACAAUCCUUUCGCCUCUCUGAAGGCGAAAUUGUGUUCAGCACACCUGCCUAAAACUAGUUACUUGACGCGGAUUGCAGUGAACAAAAGCAUAGGACUUCUCAGUAGUGAUCAUAAAGUAAAAAAGAACUGUGAUAUCCUCAAAGAUGACCGAUGCAAGAGCGAAAAGCACAGCCCCAAAAGCAUAAAACAUCAGAAGUGUUGCCGCGGCGGUAGUUUCUCCAAGUCCACGGGAUUCCUGUUGGAAGACCAGCGGAAAAGUUGCAACUUGCGGAUAAAAAUCUGCAACAGUCCCGACUCCAAGUGCCGCAAAGGCCACACUCUGGAGACGGACAGUUCGAACGAGUACGAAUCCGAGACUGGCAUCCCCAAGUCACCCACGUUGUUCAUAUCGGGAGUGUCCAUCUCCCGAACGCCAGAACCAAAAUCACCCGGGAUGAUCCUAAUAGCGGGUGGUAGACAAUCGAGGUCGUCUAGUUUAAGUGUACCUGUGCCUCUAACUUCGUGUUCUUUAAACAUUUCUAGUACUAGUCUUAACAAUACUCUACCACCGGAACCGUUCACGCCAUCUCUGGUCCGUUCGACAACCCCAGCCAAUUCACGCUCGAAUAUCCCCAGUCCCUCGAACUCGAGUCCCAAAAAAGAAGCCAAUGCCAAAUCGAAGAGCGCCAGCGAGCCGGAACGCGAGAGGGAAAUGUUCAGGUUUCCCAAGUCUUCGACGGACGGUGCUUUGAGCUCGGUCUUGCACAUUCAAGAAUCGAAUUUAAGUUCGGACGACUUCCACGAAGCGCUAUUCCUGCUGGAACGGUCUCCCAAAACGAGAGACUCAAAACGGCGAAAGAAAUCCAAGAAGAAUAAAGAGAAAGAUGAUAAAAAGGAGGACGUUAGCUCCGUAUUGUAACUACGUAAGACUGUUUCGUUGUUAUUGUUGUUAAAAACGUAUCGAAAUGCGUUUUUGUGAUAAGUAGCCAUGUAAGUUUUUGUGCUAAAUUUUAAGUGACCAACAUCCAUUGGGCGAUUGCUGCAGUUAACUAACCUAUUUACACAAUAUACUUUGAUCUUCAAAACCUCAACAUUUUGCAAAAAUAUUAAUUUUUAAACAAUUUAAAGAGGCUAAGCAGCUUAAACAUACACACAUUGUAAAGUGGUCUGAAUUAUUGUGCUAGAAAGUUUUUCUUGCCCAAAUUGUAUGAAACAGAAAUUUUUUAUUUCACAAAACCUAUUCGAGUUAUGGUGCCAUAACAUGUAUAAAACGAACAGUCAUCAGUUUCCCUGUAAUGUGAACACAAGUUUGGGAAAAGUGGCUGUAAAUUAUUAAUAAACUUAAAAAUAUUGUGUAAUACUAAAAAUAUUGUAAAUACUGAUGUAUAAAUUUGUAUUAAUAGCAAAACAUCUCAUUCUUUAAAAAUUCUUACUAAAGAUAAAGGUAAUGAGAGAUAUCAUGAAAGUACACGAUUUUGAUUACGAUUGAGACAACAAAAUUAAACUCCAAACCUUUUCUAACUAAAUGUGAUAUUUUCUGAAUAAAUCAGUUUUCUGAUUAUGGUUUUGCUUGGCCUCUUGUCCUGCCACAUGUUCUGUGUGUUUUAUAAUGUUUUAGGAAAAUCAUAUCACUGAAAAUUUGUUAACGAAAUUAUUGUCGUUUGGCGAGACUUUUGUAAUAUUUUUUGUAGAAGAUUUUUAUAAAAUUUUAUAUAAGCACACAUUUCUUCGUUUCUUCUUUUCGAAACUUUAGGCCUAAAAUUUAUUUUCGACUGAAUAAGAAUAUAGUAUUAAAAUUCAUAGUGAUAUUUUCACUUGUAAAGGUAAAUAACUUUAUACUCGUUAUUUUUUAAUUAAUUUAAGUGAAGUAAAUGUGAGUAUCCUCAAACUUGCCAGAUUCUAGAUUAAACAAUACGUUAAGGCAAACACUGAAAGUAAUGAGAAAUAUAUACCCCCGUUUUAGACUGAUUUUCUUAUUUAUGUAAAAAUAUUUAAAGGAAAUAGUUUUUUAAAGUGGAUUUAUUUUUGAUUCGUAAUAUUAUUAACCAACUGUCUUUGCAUUUAUAUGUGCGCACAAUAUACCUACCUAUACCUACUUUGGUUCUUAUAUAACAUUGCCAAUUAAUCUGAAAAUAUUAAACAUCAAUAAAUUCAUGCACGAAUUUUUUCCAUCUAUUGUCAACGAAAUUGAGAUUUUAAUUAUUUCUUUUGAUUCAGCCGACUUUAAAGAUUGGACAAUAGAUCCUCAACCGAAUGAAAGCUUAAUUCAAGCUGUCAAAAAAAUGUUUUGUUCGCUGUUUAUUCGUGUUUGAUAUUUUCCUAAUGAAAUGAGACAUGUAGAAUAUAAAAAUGUAAUGUUGAAUGUUCUGUACCUAUAACAGUAGCCGUUAGAAGAUGAAACUUGUACUGAUUGUGAUUUUUUUAGCAGAUAAUAAAUAAACCAUUUCUGAAACGUUUUA